AUGUCGUUUCUCAGUCGGUUCUCACGGACACAAUUGAUCAUUGGCGGUCUCCUCACCUACGCCACCGGAGUCUCUGCCGCCCUGACAUUCCUCCCAUCGUCGUCCGACAAGAAGACACAGGACGGCAGCUUCCCUUCCGAGACAACCCGCCAAUCAACAUUCGACUCCCUCGCACCAGGAUACGACAAGGAGGUCAGGAUGCACGAGUACUUGCUGGGAAUCCAACGUCGUCGGAAACGUCUUAUCGCCCAGGCCACGGGGAAGGUCCUUGAAAUCGCGUCGGGAACGGGACGGAAUGUGGACUAUUACAAGAAAGGAUGUUGUGAUGAGAUUGUAUUUUCGGAUUUCUCGGAGGGGAUGAUGAAGGUCCUGAGGGAGAAGGUUGAGGGGAGUGAUCUGGGCAAGAGGUGGGAUUACCAGAGGCGGAGGGUGCAGCAAUUGGAGUUGGAGCGGAUAGCUCAUCAUUCUACGAGACUUGUUCAAGCGCAAGGGCAGGGAGUACCACCAGGGGCAGUGGGUGGAGCAAUUGAUGGUUCAGGAUUGACUAAGGGAGUGGUGGAGACAGAGAUCCGGUUUAAGACGAUGAAUGCAGCGGCGAUUCCGUACCCUGACCAGAGCUUUGAUACCGUCGUCGACACGUUUGGUCUUUGCAGUUUUGAGGAUCCGGUCCAGGUGCUUAGGGAGAUGAAGCGAGUGUUGAAACCCGGCGGGAAGCUGUUGUUGUUGGAGCACGGGAACAGUCAUUGGGGGUUCAUGAAGGAUAUGCAGGCCAAGCAGCUGGAUCGCCAUGUGCACAAGUAUGGAUGCUAUUGGAACCGAGAGAUUGGAGAGCUGGUCCAGGAGGCUGGAUUGAAGGUUGUUGAGCAGGAGAGGUCCCAGCUCGGCACUGUUUUUUACAUCAUCGCCGAAUAA